AGAGAGAGAGAGAGAGAGGCAGGGAAAGAAAGGAGGUCGAAUAAGGAACGCAGGUUACGCGGCGUUACGCAGCGCAGCGCAGGGAGGACAAAUUCGCGCGCGUGAAGGAUUAACGGGCGACUCGGAGCGAGCGGCGACUCGGAGAGACGGGAGUGUAUCAUGCCAGUGAAGUGCGGCGACGAUUGGAGGAAUUGUCACGAGGCAUCGCUGUCGCUGUCGAUAUCCGCUCGGACGGUCGUCACGUCAGUAUCGAUACCCGCGUCGUCGCGCCGCUGUUCCUGAGGGAGGAGAAGGAGGAGGAAGAGAAGACUGAAGAGGCAUUAAUAAGGGAGAGGCAGGCCGCAGGCGGGCAGCGGAUUAGGCAAACAGAGGGAACGGUCGAUGACGCCGAUGACGCCGUGCCGCCGAUGAAUCGUGCGAGCGCAAAAUAUAACCUCUCACGGCGCGCGUAACGUAAGAUGCGCCAGCCCUCGUCGGUCCAGCCGGAGUCGUCGCUGUUCGUUCGCGAAACCUGAUCCCGCGCGCCGUUUCCCUGGCCGCGCACACGCGUGCUCGCUGCGAAUCGCUGGCGCGUCGCGUAUAAAACCCGACGACAAUCCCCGAGUCUCCGCCGCGAUCCACGCGCCGCUCGGCCACACACACACACACACACGCACCAUCAUGAAAGUGAUCGUGAAGAAGCUGCAGGGGAAAGAGUGCGUCGUCGACAUACUACCGUCGGAGACAGUAUUGGAGUUGAAGCACAAAGUGAGCGAUCUCCUGGGCAUCGAUGUGCCGCAGCAAAGAUUGUUGCUCACUGGCAAAACUUUAGCAGAUGAGAAUCCGCUGAGUUUUUACCCGGGAAUCAAGGAUGGCAGUAAAUUAAAUCUCCUGGUGAUCAAGAAGGCGGAGGAGGGCUCCAGCGAGGCGAGAUCCUUGCCCCAGCAAAAGACUGGCGUUCAUCUGUUGAGGGAGGAGGUCUCGCGAGUGCUCAGGCAUUACUACACGGUGUCCGAGACCGAGUCCAUAGUCAAUGAGCUGAUAAAGGACUUGAAAAACAAAGUGAAUAAUCUUAGUUACGAUGAUCUAGAGAGACUAGCCACUGCGUUACUCCAGGACCAAGAGAACGUAGCUUAAGGGUCGAUCGACGAUCCGAGGUUUAUCCACAAUUUUUCGCUUACCGAUUGAUUAUUGUAAUACGAGUUUAUUUAAUUGAAGCAUCAUUGCCUUAUAUUAUAUAUUAUAUAUCGUGCCCCUUAAAUAAUUGGUAAUACUGUGUAAUUUAAAGCGCAAUCCGUAAUGACUAAGAGAGCGAGAUUCGAAACUUAACGUUCACUUAAUAUUCACGUUCUUCGGGAUCUAAGGUCAGAACAUAAUCUUAUGUAGAGUUUAUUAAAAAAAAAUUGCUGUAUACAGAUA